AUGAAGGUGGAAAUACAGUGGAAGAAGCUGGUCAAGCCGUCAGUGCCGACACCGAGCGACCAGCGAAAAUGGAAGCUAACGUCAAUAGAUGAGCUUCAGAUGCCAAAUUAUGUGGGCGUUAUCUUCUACUAUAGAGAUAAUGCCGGGAACCCCGGAGUCGAUAUCUCUCAAAGGCUUCACCAGAUGGAGGAGUCACUUUCCAAAACUCUAACCCUCUUUUAUCCUAUGGCAGGGAGAUACAUCGAGGACGACGAUGUGGAUGGCCAGAUUGAUCAGCUUCUCCAUAGAGACCCCGACAUGGAUUUGCUCGAAUAUUUGUCGCAAUUCCCGAACAACCUAGUAGGCAAUCCACUAGUGGUGAUUCAAGUGAAUACGUUCGAGUGCGGCGGAAUAGCAAUUGGCUUGCGCUCUACACACAGGAUCAGCGACGUGUACACCAUGGCCAUAUUCGUUAAUUCGUGGGCCACCGCUUGCCGAGGUAACGUCGAUGUUACAGUCUGUCCAAGUUUCGAGUUGUCGUCUCUAUUCCCAAUGAAAGUGUUGGCCGUUGCGAAUUGGCCUCCGCCACGGAUUAUUGGCAGCAAGGAAUUCACGGUGUCUAGAUUCAGGUUCAGCGGUGAUGCUGUAUCGAAGCUGAGAGCCCUAGCAAGGGAUGAUGCAAAGGAUUCAAUGGGCAACAACUUCCAGCCUUCGAGGGUGGAGGUUGUUUCGGCACUAAUAAGUAAGGCUCUCGUCAAGAUUGAUCGAUGUGGACAGGGCGAAGAAAGGCCUAUCGCAGUUUAUAUGACGUUUAACUUGCGCGAUAAAGUCAAACUAAAGAUACCCGCAAAUUCUUGUGGCAAUUUCUUCAGCAUGAUUUCUGGGCGCUCCGAUCAACCCGCGGCCAGCAAAGGAAUCCGGAGUUCAAUGAGAUGGUGA